UCGAGAAAAUAAUCGGUGGAGCAGUCCAUAAUGAAAACAGUAGUUGGUUGCGGUCGUGCAGACCUCGGCCCUCACGAUUCUGCUUUUAUUAUGAAAGAUGUAACCGGAAGUCUUUGCUCGUCCAGCUUGACACUGCUCUCUCCUCAGCAUCUCCGCAUCAUCCGCCUCCCCCAGACCAGACUCUGACCCAUAAACCUCAAAACCCGGACAAUGGACGACGUUCCUCCGAUCAUCAACAUCUCCAUCUCCCUGCGGAUCCAGCCCAACGAAGGACCCGUGUUUUUCAAGGUGGACGGAACCCGGUUCGGCCAGAGCCGGACCAUCAAACUGCUCACAGGCUCCAAAUACAAGAUCGAGGUGAUGGUGAAGCCUGGAAACGUCGAGGCCACCAACAUGAACAUCGGAGGCAUCAUCUUCCCUCUGGAGCAGCAGUCCAGAGACGAGGACUCUGUGGUUUAUCACGGCCAGUACGACACCGAGGGCGUCCCACACACCAAGAGCGGAGACCGGCAGCCUGUCCAAGUCAGUAUAGAGUUUAACAAGGCCGGGGCGUUUGAGACGGUUUGGCAAGCAAAAUACUACAACUACUACAAGAGGGAGCACUGCCAGUUCGGCAACAAAUUCAGCAACAUCGAGUACGAAUGCAAACCCAACGAGACGCGGACCCUGAUGUGGAUCAACAAGGAGGCAUUCAACUGAGUCAGCUCACCCUAACACUGUCCACACACCAAAUGCCAGGCAGAGGACGUCAGUUGUACCAGGACUACCUUUGAACAUCAGCAUCACAGUAGAGGGACAGCCUUUUCCUAAAGGUGUGCGUCAAGUCAGCGAGGGUCUGGUAUCUGUAUUGUUUUAUCAAAAAGGGAGAGAAAAUAGCUGUUUGCUAUGCUGGUCUUUAGAAGGUUUUUGCUUUAAAGCUGCACUCAGCAACAUUGCUUCACGUUCCAGCAGAAAGGGAACGGUCAAUAAUCAGAAAUCUUAUACUGUCACUGCACUGCACUGUUUACGGCUGGUUUAACAUGUUCGUAUCAGAGGAAAGAUCUAGGGCUCAGAGUGCUGAGUGCUCAUGUGCAGUGUUUUGCUCUUAUGUUUCAGUCUGUUAUUUCCUGCGUGGGCAGACGUCUCACUGAUCAAACAUCUAGAGUUAAGUCAUAUUUUAGGAUUUUGCUGGUACGAGAACCAAGAGAAGCUCCAUGAGAAAAGCUGCAGAGUGCAGCUUUAAAGCUGCGUGGACAGGGAUAAAGGAACAAUCAGACAUUAUGUCAAAUGAACUUGUCAGCCAUCGAACAGAUUGACAUACAUUUCAAGUCCAUGUGUCUAGAACAGGGUAACGUCAGGGAUGUGUUUAGCACAGCUUAGGCUGGAAUCAGAGGGAAACAGCAAGAAAUGAAGAGCAGAACAAACGAGCUACGGGAAGAAGUUAACUACAACUCCCAAGGUGCAUUUCAGCAAGACCUCCGAUCCAGUAGCAGGUUGAAUCCUCGUUUAAAUUCUGUAUUUUCACAGGCUGUCCAAGACACAGCCCCUGGUCUGCAGCUAGCACCGCAGACCUGACACAUACCAAGCUAAGGAAAAAAGCGAGGACCUCAUGUGACUGAAUCACAGAGUAACAUACGACUGUUGAGGUUACAAACGGGGAACCAGUUAGCCUGAGUCCAUCAAAAGGGAAAAAAUACACUUUGCCCUGGUUUCAGAGCGGCCGGAUUUUAUUGCAUCCUGUUAGCUAACAUGCUAGUCAUGAAACCAUCUGAGUCAGCUGGGUUUAUCACACUGAAACCUGGACUUUAGAGAUAAAACCACAAUGUUGACUAUUUGCAUCUCUAUUUCAGAUGCAGCGUGGAAAUCAGACAGACCUGGAGUUUUUUUGGAAGGUGUUCAUUUUUGAUGGAGCUAGGCUAACAUUUCCCCCUGCUUCCAGUCUUUGUGCUAAGCAGGCUAACCACUGGACCUAUGUCACAGGCGUGAAAUGCAUGUCAAUCUUUUUGUAUCACUCUGGAGACAAAAAUAGUUCUAUUCCCAAAAUGAUCCCAUUGUUCCUUUAGUUAAAAUGAGUCAUGACCAAUACCUCAUGGUACCUAAAUUUAUCGUAGCACAAGGCGAGGAGGACUGAACACACCAGCUAGCGUGGUGUUAGCUGAAGACCAGGAUGGAAGACACCUGUGGAAGAAUUUUACCUUAUUUAUUAACUGUGUGGAUGUGUCUGUGAGAGAGUAAGAGUCGAUGUCUGAGACCUUGUACAUCAUUGGAAUAAUUCUGACUUAUAUGUUAUGUGUUGUGUUAUUUAAAGGUAAAAUCCACUUAAAAAUACCAAACACCGUUUGAAAAAACAGGAGUGAGCUUGUCGCUCCAUUAAAUAGUUUGGUCCAUGUUUCUUGGAUAACUGACCCGUCUCUGUGACUGUGAUUCACACCAACAGUGUGAAUCUAAAUCCUCUGUCUGUGGCUCUCAGCCCUGAGCCCAUUGGUUCCUACUAAAUCUUUAAAAACUCCUCACAAAUAUGUAGUUUCAUCAGUUUGCUCAGUGAUUUUCCUAAAACAGCUGCUCACUUUAGUUUCUAUCGCACAAACGGGGAAAUAGCGCCUUUGGUGGGGACUAUUUUCAGCAGCGGAUUAAUCCACAUUUGGUUCUGUAGUUUCUGGAGACAGUGGAGCUCUAUAGCUCAGAGGAAUCAGAUUUAUCAGGCUGUGAAACACACACAGUACGUGUUAGAGAUGUUCACUGUUCAUGUGUUUUGUUGGCAGUAAAAAUAUCUCCUAGAUUUUUUUGACGUUCUGUCUUUGUGUUCAGACACGGUGCUUAUCUCAGAGGGCAAGAGCUUCACUCUGUGUUGUAUUUGUGCUGCAGCUGCUCUUUUUUGUUGGUUUGUGUUUUUCUUGAAGUGCAUGGCUGGAUUCAUUUUGCCAAAUAUGAUCGGUUUCUUUGUUCUUUUGUCACAGACUCUCAGUGCUUGAACCCUGCUGUUUUGUUACGUAUUGAACUGAGAAGUAUAAAGUGUCUUUGUGAAUAAACCAGUAU